AAGCGGCCAUGUGAGUAUGGGAGUAGGAGUAAACACUAAAACAGGGCAGCUACUUCCCUAACUGCCGAAUUCCUCUUCUUCUUCUUCAAACUUUCGAACGGCGGUCACUUCUUUCUCUUCACUGCGGCUUCUGCUAUGUAUUCUCUCUCCGUCCUCGCUGUUGCUAUGUAGUCUCUCUCCACCGGAGCUGCAACCUUUCAGCUCGUCGCCGUCUGUUCUCCUGCUCUCUUCUCACCCACUCUCUCUCGCUACCUCUCUACUUCCUUUCCAACCACCGCCGCUGUUCUAUCCACUACCAGAUUUCGCCGCCUCCUGCAAACUCUGCUGCCGGUACCGCAACGAACACCGCCUCCUUUUAGAAACUUAGAUUGGACAAAAAUGUGAAGUCACUUGGUUGUGUCUUCCCAGUCUCAACUACAUUUGUAGAAGCAAAUUUGUUCGUGUUUGUUAUUAAUGGCCAGAUGGGAUGCAAUUCUGUCGCUUCCUGUCCAAAAUCCUCCCACAUUGGAGAUCUCUUCUGCUGACCUAGUAUGGUCGAAAGUGGAAGGUUGGCAUGAUAAACUAGAUAGAGUUGCUCUAAUUCCAUUUGCCAGAGUUGAUGAUUUUGUGAGAGGUGAAUCAAAUAAUAAAGAAUGUCCAACAAGAUUUCAUGUUGAAGCAAGGCGUCGACGUCGUCCAUCAAUGCCUCUCAAGCCAAAGGUUGAUGGUAUACUAGAGUAUAUACUGUAUUGGUGUUCCUUUGGUCCCGAUGACCACAGAAAAGGUGGCGUUGUACGGCCAAGUCGGACUACAUAUGUUCCAAAGAAGAAAAAUGCUGGUCGGCCAAAUACUAAGAGAGGUUGCACCUGUCACUUUAUUGUGAAACGCCUCAUAGCCGAACCUUCAGUUGCCUUGAUCAUAUAUAAUGAUGAUAAACAUGUGGAUAAAAAGGGUUUGCCAUGCCAUGGUCCACAGGACAAAAAGGCUGCUGGAACACGUGCAAUGUAUGCUCCAUAUAUCUCGGAAGAUCUUCGACUUCGUGUUUUAUCUCUCCUAUAUGUUGGGGUCUCUGUGGAGACUAUUAUGCAGAGGCACAAUGAAUCGGUUGAGAGACAGGGAGGUCCUAGUAACCGUGAUGACCUUUUGACCCACCGAUAUGUUCGACGACAAGAGAGGGCGAUCCGUCGAUCUACAUAUGAACUAGAUGAUGAUGAUGCUGUUAGCAUCAAGAUGUGGGUUGAAAGCCACCAAAGUCAUGUUUUCUUCUAUGAAGAUUUUUCUGAUUCAAAUCCAUUUACUCUGGGGAUUCAAACUGAGUGGCAAUUGCAGCAAAUGAUUAGAUUUGGGAAUCGAGCUUUGCUUGCAUCAGAUUCAAGAUUUGGUACAAACAAAUUAAAGUACCCCAUUCACAGUCUUCUUGUGUUUAACUGUGACAAGAAGGCCAUUCCAGUGGCUUGGAUAAUAGCUCCAAGGUUUUCGAGCUUAGAUGCACAUCGAUGGAUGAGGGCUCUUUACAAUCGAGUUCAAACAAAAGAUCCUAACUGGAGAUUGGCGGGCUUUAUAGUAGAUGAUCCGCUUUAUGAUAUCCUGGCAAUCAGAGAUGUUUUUCAGUGUUCAGUAUUGAUAAGUUUCUGGAGGGUUCGUCAUCUAUGGCAUAAAAACAUAGUGAGGAGUUUGGAGAUUGACAUGCAAAUAAAGAUAUCCAAACAACUUGAGCUGAUUGUGGAUAAUAUUUGCCGCCUUCAAGGGACCAUGUCACUCUUUGAAGAUUUCAUUGAAGACUUUAUUGAUGAAUACAAUUUUAUGGACUAUUUCAAGGCUACUUGGUAUCCUAGAAUGGGAGCUUGGAUCAAUGCACUUAAAACUUUGCCUCUUGCUAGCCAGGAAACUUGUGCAGCAGUGGAAUUUUAUCACAACCAACUGAAGAUCAGACUGUUCAAUGAGAAGGACAACAGUGUUUUUCAGCGAGCUGAUUGGUUGGUUGACAAGUUGGGUACGAAAGUCCAUUCUUAUUUCUGGCUUGAUGAGUACUCUGGAAAAGAUGAUUUUGCUCGCUAUUGGAAAAAUGAAUGGAUAAGUGGUUUGACAUCAUGGCGCAAGGUGCUGAAAAUUCCAGAUACUGAUGUCCUAUUGGAAGAUGGGUGUGCCAUGGUUACUGAUCAGGAUAAUCCAGAAAAAGCUUAUGUUGUUCACAAUCCCGGUUCAAUGUUUAGCAUAUGUAAUUGUAGUUGGGCGCAAGGUGGGAACCUCUGCGAGCAUGUCCUGAAAGUUAUUAGCAUCUAUCAAAAGAGAAGGUCCCUUCCGCCUUCUGUUGGCUUUUUUCAGUAUCAGCAGGCUCUAAAGAACAUUUUGCAUUGCCCACCCUAUGACUCUUUAAUUCGCGAUCAUGCAGUCUCCUUGGCAGUUUCUGUUCAGCAACAGUUAAAUACCCUGCUUGAUAAAGAAAGUGUUGCAACUGUUAUGGAUCCUAAAGAGAAAAGAGUAGUUGUUGAUAUCUGCUUAGAGACAUCAAAAGUAGUCUCAUGUAAUCAAGUUCCGAAGUUAGAUAAUAAACAGUUUAUAAUCAAUGAUGAUGUAUCUCUUGAUGGUGAUGACUCUGAUGAUGGACUCAAAAUUGCUGAUCAAGUUGUAGAUUGUCACAGCAAUGAAAAUGGCAUCCCAUCUGAGAGUGUUGGAGAAGACAGUCUACCUGCUGACAUGGACGUUGAUCUAUCAUCAAUUUAUAUUUCCCCUCCUAGAUUGUUGUCUACCGAUGAGAAUUUUUCAAGUAAUGAGUUCCCAGAUAAAGCUUUCGCUACUGAAGUGAAUGAGGUUUUAGCUUCUGAGGAUGGUGCUUCGUGCGAUGAUAAGGAUAAAGAACGCAAUUUAGAUAAAGACUGUAAAGAAUAUGCAAUGGAUGUUGAUCCCCCAGUCUUAGAUGUCUCAUUGGAAACAGCAACUCCGAAACACUGCGAGACCCAUCCGAAUGGGUUCACUGAUGUUCCUGGAGUAAUUUCUUGCAGAAAAGAAGCUGAGCUAUAACAUCCCUUUGAUAUAUGCAUGGAUAUUUUCCUACGGGUUGCUGUCGAGAAACUAACUCUUGGUACAAUUGAACCAAAAGUACAAUCAAAGAGGAUGCGAAAUUGGGUUCAAAUACGAUGAAAAGAACAUGAAUUAAAAUACAUCUAUUCUUGACGGCUAUUAAUGGUAUGACCAUAUUUGAGGUUAUCAGCCAGCCUGAAGUGUCAAUAGCAAUUAGUUAUAUUCACAAAACUGUAUCAGGAUUCAGGACGAAUUGCUGAUGUGAUCGUAUCGAGUGGUAGAUAAUAGUUACAACAGUUACUAUUAACUGAUGGUGAUUCGUAAAUUGGGGAUUUCUUCGGAUUCUCUCCUUCCGAACAACUACUAGAGGGUAAGCAUGAAAUUGUAUUUAUUCUUCUUAUUACCAAAUAAUAAGAGUUUGUUCUGUUUAACUUGGCUAAUUUUUUUUGUGGUGCUUCAUAUAUACUGUAAAUUUGAAGUCUGCUUAUGUUAUAUGGAGUUCACAUCUAAUUAACCAAGAUAUUCUGAUCUGUCUAGGAUGAAAAAGAAAAAUCUCUGGAUUGCUUCAUUCUUUUGUUCCCUUAAUUGUAUGGAAGCAAAGAAUUUAUAACCUUACUAAUGUUGAGCACAUCGCAUGGUUUAAAUUGUAAACGCGGUGGCGGUCAUGGUUGUGGUUGUGGUGGUGGUUGCACUACGAUGAAGGAAUUGUGGGGAAAUGUGUAACAGCCACAAUUGGCUCUAUGAUGCCCAUAUGGUGGACACUGCAGAAACAUUGUAAUAACUACUAUAGUUUAUUAGCCUGUUAUUUCUUAGGGUUUUUAUUAGAUCGGAGUAUGUUAGAUAUUAAACAUUCUUUCUCUUAUAAUCCUGAUAUAGUUGGUUACUUAGC